AGGCGAUUCAAUCAUGCAGGAUCUAUAUUCUUUCUGCUUAUCAAAUUUCUUUUCUGGCAGCCAAUACCUGACGAAAACUUUUUCUUUCCAUAAUUCUCUGCGUGUUCUAUCCUAUUCCCCGCCUUCGCACCAGUUUAUUCCUUCAAAACAUCGCCAGAAUGUCUGAACUCAGAUGGCAGGCCAGAGGCAGAGGCGGCGCACCUUACAGAAGAGGAGGUCGCGGAGGUUGGGCACCGCGCAGCUUUGUUGCACCACCCAAGGAACCCAGUUCUCCGGCACCACCAUUGGGGAACUUGAUACAAGAUUUGAAGCCCGAAGACCUCGAAGACGCUUCUCAUGAUCUCGAGGGCGUCGCCAACAUUACUAAGAGAUCCCUUGUAGCAUCCUUCAACUGGCUCGAGGGUGACAAUUCUACCAUUGUUAUACCUGGACGUCCACCAAAAUGGUCGCCUCCGUCUGAAACACAACAAAUCCCUGACGACAAUGGCAGAUACGGCAAUAAAUUCUCCAAGAGCACUCGUAAGGAGUUUCGUGAUCAGAACGCAGCUCGGUUCCCCCAACAUCCAAUGGAACCUGCCGUCUUGGCCGCCCUCACCAUGUCUCCAAACCUGUGCAGCGAGCAGAUUAUCGACGUGGUGGCCUGCGGCAGCACCAUGGGGAACUUACUUCGAUUCGUCACGUCUCAAGAUAAGCAAUUUCGCAUUUUGGUCGAGAAAGUCGGUAGCACCAUUUUUCUGGUUCGCAGGGAGAAUUCUCCUACCGAACUAAUCCCUGACCUUCAGGGCUACGGCCACUCCUUUCCUGAGCAUUACACCGUUUGGGAACGCGACGUCGCGGGAUCCAAGUCUCACCAGAGGAUUGUGCGCUAUCGCUUCGGCAGCAUGAACUUUAUGGUGCGGUUUGAGGGCGAUGGCUUUAUUGCCAAGACAGCAGCUUUGGAAAAUUCCAAUAGCAGCAGCACCAAGGUUAAUGCAAGGGCGACAUCGUCAUUGGAUGAGCUUACAGACUCUUUGUCGGAAACUACAUUGUCCAAAGGUCUUACACCACCAUGCACAAGUCUCAAGGUCAAGCUGUCCGGUGACCUUGUUGACCAGGACUUGAUAUUCGAUCUAAAAACCCGCAGCAGCAAAAAGAUCGACCAGAUCCAAGACAUCAUCAAAGGCGAGAUACCAAGGCUCUGGCUGGCCGGCAUCCCCAAGCUCAUACUUGCCUUCCACAAUGGCGGUGUUUUCAAUGACGUUUUCAUCAUGGAGCUGAGCGACAAGAUCAAAGAGUGGGAGGCCGCCAACAAGGUGCCGCUCGCCAAGAUGGCAGCACUCAUUCACCGCAUCGGUGACAUCGUCCACAGUCGACCAGAGGGCAAAUUAGAGCUAUGCCAUUCCAAGGCGGGCGUCUUGGAAAUACGUGAGCAGCUCCCCGACGCGGGUGACGCUCUUUCGCCCACAGUGAGAGAAAUGUGGUUGGAGAGCACCCUCCAGUCGGAUGACGAUGACGCAUCAUCUAAGGAGAGCGGCUCUGGUGAUGAGAGUGCAGGCGUUAAAAUUGAUUGGGAUGAGGAAGAGCAGAUGGACUAUACUGCCUGCUCGACUGAAACGUGCGGAUAUUGUGGCCGUUGUAGCUACUGAAUGGGAUGAGGUUCUACUAUUUGUUUUCCUGCUCUGUUAUCUGUUGGAUUCCGGCUAUUAGUUUGUACAAAGAUGCCAAGAUUGCCUUAGCCAUGUUUCCACCGUAAAUCAAGAACUGUACUGAUCUUUCUCUGUGAGCUUUUCUAUCUACACACCACACAAUCUGGAAAGAAAGGUCAGUGCCGAUGAUUAUCACCC